GUACAAUGGAGUCGUCGCCGACUGUGUUCGUGAGCUGCUACGGCGAGCAUGUGACGAAGGAAGACUUACGGCGACACUUUGAAGAAUGCGGCGCGAUAUACAGAAUUGACAUGAUGGAGAACAACAGCGGGCGAUUUACGUUUGUCGAGUUCACUGACGUCGCGGGCGGACGAGCUGCUGUGGUGAAGAAGGACGACUCGAUUUUUCAAGGUAGACGACUCCGCGUGCGGUUCUCAAACAAGAAGAGCAACACGCCGCAAUCGUCUCCCCCUCCAAUUGCUCUCUCGAUGCCGCUGUCUCCGCCGCCUCCCGUGGAAUCUCAUCGACCACGCAAGACACCCAAUGCCAUUGAGUCCCUCGGCCCUUCCGACCCGCGUUCACAUUGGCUCUUCUCGUCGACGACACCUCUUGUAACCCCGUCGUACUUGGCUGGAAUUCCUAUUGACGUGGAGACCCAGCUUCGAAGGACAACCUCUUGGUACAUCGUCGACCUGACACGCAAGUUGGACCUCCCACAUGUGGCGACAGUCACCGCGAUGACGUACAUGAACCGCUUUUUCAUGUUGCACUCGUUCUCUUCCCACGACCGCUACCUUGUCGGGUCUGCCGCGGUAUUCCUCAGCGCCAAGGUCAACGAACGCACCGUCAAGUUGACGCAACUCACGGAGGCGAGUUUGAUGCUGGCGAGUGAUGCCCCAGACAAGUCGUCCUCCGUCACGCCGGCCGACAUCGACCAUGUGAAACAGCGCAUCCGGCAAUACGAAGUUGUGUUGCUCAAUACGCUCUCCUACGACGUCGUGGUGCCGCAACCCCACCUGGCACUCGCCGCGCUAGCGGACGAAGCCAUCGCACAAGUCGACAUGGCUCGGGAAAACGUUCUGAAUGUUGCGGACGUGUUUCUAAAUGACGCCAUGUCAGGAACUGUCGCAUUGCAGCUCACAGCAGACGAGCUGGCGGCGGGCGCGCUGUACUUGUCAUGCCUCUUCCAUCGGAUGGACGACUUUGUGCGCUCGACAGAUGUGUUCGCCCAUGUGCACAUCAAGUCCGUGGCAUGUCAGUUCCUCGCCAUGUACGAUUCGCACCGACUGCCGGGGUCUCUUCAAGCGUUCGCCAACGCAGCCAACUCAAUUUAUUGAACCCUGUGCCCUCUAUUUUCUGAACGCCUUCGCAUCUGCAGCGUCGUCCACGUCGACGUCCUUAUCGUCUGCCAGGAGCAUCGUGUCGUCCUGGAAAGCCUUGCUCUCGUCCUUGAGCGGGAGCAUCACCAUCGCCGCGUCCUGGUUGAGCUUCUUGAAGUUUACAAUCUUCGUGAACAAGAACUCGAGCACGUGUUUGGCGUCGCUGCGUUCGGGAUCCAAUUUGGGCAAGAUGCCGAGGAUCCCUGCCGCCUCCUUGACGUAGUAGUCCAAAUCGUCGUCGGAGCACUUGUUGGUGAGCUGCGCAAGCCGGAGCGACUCGGAGGCAAAGUGUUCGUCGAGGUCGAAUUGAUCCAGCGCUGGCGGCGGCAUUUCGCGUAAAAUGGGCGGAAAUACAGCGGGUUUCAAAGGCGGCAACGGUGUCUCAAACUAAAGGUGCUAUAAGGACAACAAGUAGACAUGAAGCGAGGAUGAACCUGUGGAGGAAUGAGCGACAGUGGUUCAUGCUUCACACCUAGCUCUUUGAAGAGAGCCACGGCAUCAGGAAUGAGCGACGUAUCGAACUUGAACAGCG